GUGGGGCCUCCCCAGAGGCCAGUAAGCAACUGAGGAGCUGGACCGAAAGUUUGCUCCGCCCCCGGGACGAAGAAAACCAUCAUGGAAGGGUACCAGCGGCCUUGCGACGAGGUUGGCUUCAAUGCUGAUGAGGCUCACAAUAUAGUCAAAGAGUGUGUUGAUGGAGUCUUGGGUGGUAAUGAUUACAAUCAAAAUAACAUUAACCAGUGGACCGCAAGUAUAGUGGAACAAUCCAUAGCACAUUUGGUCAAACUAGGAAAAGCUUACAAGUAUAUUGUGACCUGUGCAGUAGUCCAGAGGAGCCCAUACGGAUUUCACACAGCCAGCUCCUGCUUUUGGGAUACAAUAUCUGAUGGAACCUGUACCGUGAGAUGGGAGAACCGUACCAUGAACUGCAUCGUUAAUGUUUUUGCAGUUGCAAUUGUCCUAUAACCUGCAUCGUUAACGUUUUUGCAGUUGCAAUUGUCCUGUAACCUGUAAUGCACUAAAUGUGUUGGGUUAAGGCCAUUAACUUAAGUUUGUGAGUGUAUCCUUUCUAAAAAGAGUAACAAUUACUUAUUAAUGUGCUAGAUGACAAGUGUGCAAUAUGCUUCAAAGCUAUCAACAGAGAACUGAAUAUUGUAAGCAGAAGUCUAAUAGGAAGUUGGCAGAUUAUCUCAUAUUCUAUGCUGCAUCAUUUAAGGACAUAAAAUGUUAGCCAACAAUUAAUGCAGAGAUAUGGCUGACCUGAAAAUAGAAUCUUCUACUAAUACAAGCCUUUCACUGGCAUUAGGUUCCCACAAAGAUGGGGGAAUCUAUUUAGAUACUAACAUUAUCAUUAACUAGAAAACACAACAGGGAUAAAUAAAUAUAAGAACAAAAAACUACAAGAAGAAAUGCAGAGAAAAUGACAUGAAUUAGCUAAUACCUUUCUGGUUGAAGGUUUUUUCCUUUGUUGAAUUGUAUAUAGUAUAGUUCAUGGAAAGUAAAUUUCUCUGUCUCUCUGUCUCUCUGUCUCUCUCUGCCUCUCUCUCUCUCUCUCUCUCUCUCUCUCUCUCUCUCUCUCUCUCUCUCUCUCUCUCUCUCUCCACCCCCCCCAGCCCCAUUGUAGCUGCUGUGAACUAAGCAGUUUUGUUUUCCUGCAAACUGGCAAAUCCAUUGAUUUUUAAUGUCAGUUUCUUACAUUUUACACUUGAGAUGGAAUUAAAGAUGAUCAACCUAGUUAAGUAUAUGAUCAACAGUAUAUGACUCAGACAACUGCCUUACAAUCCAUUCCUUCCACGAGGGACGGAUAUAUACUGACUGUGUGCUCUGCAGGUUUCUCUGCCAGACAGAGAGCUCUUAACGUGGUGUUCACGUGUCAAGUUUGUUUUGGCAGCUGUUCAGUUGGAAAACCAGUGUUUAUGUUUGAAGGAGAACAAAAGAAAGAAAGGAAAAGAGCCUGACCAUCCAUGGAAAAUUAACCAGAAGGAAAGCACUAAUCGGUGACAGAAUUAUAGAUAUAGUUUUUAAGGGUUGCUUCCCACAAAGUAAUACAUCAAAUAUGCAACUCUUCCUUAAAGGCCUUAUUAGUAGUCUUAGCUAUACAAUAAUAAAUUUUAUCAUUGAAUUAAUUUCAACUAUGUGUGACUAAUUUAAAAUACUUGAGGUAGAAUUAGGACAAGUGGAGUAGAAUAAACAUUAAAAGUGAACAAUCAUUAGCAGGUUAUCUAAUAUCUCAGGGCUUAUGAAAUAUAGUUCAAUUUAUUAAAAUCAAAGAUAAAUAUUAGGAUACACAGCUCGCCACCAAAUGCAAAGUCAGUCUGCCAUUUAACCUAGAAAAUGAAAUCAAUUUCGCCUAUUACCAUCGUCACACAAUCUGUGUGAGCACUGGGAUCACAUGUCAUUGAAUUUUUAGGGUAAGGAAAAGUUUAGUAUUAAUGGAAACAACAUUAAGACAGGAUUCUUGUAUGAGGACUACGCACAUGGUUGACAUUUUACAGAAUAACUGUAAUGACAAGGAUGCAAAGAUAGGGUUUAAUGAGGUGACCUGUAGCUUUGGCACAUCCGGAGUUCUUUGUCAUUACCUUUAUGUUAUUUUAUGCUGCUGGCUCUUGUACCUCGGGAGAUUGUAACAGUGACCAAAUUAUCUGUGCAGUUAAGGCUUAUUCUUUGAUUAUUGUUGUUGAAGGCUCGUUUUAAAAUUAUCAAAUCAUACCUCGUGAGCUUGCUAUCUGCUGUUUCUAGUUAAAAAUAUAAUAAAGACUAUCUUAUUGUGCUGAA